AUGGCCCUGGCCCUGUGGGCACUCAGCCUGCUGGGCUCCGCCAGCUUGGUGGCCGCCAACAUCUUCGAAUACCAGGUGGAUGCCCAACCUCUUCGGCCCUGCGAGCUGCAGAGGGAAAAGGCCUUUCUGAAGCAGGCAGACUACGUCCCCCAGUGUGCAGAAGAUGGCAGCUUCCAGACUGUCCAGUGCCAACAGGAUGGUCGCUCCUGCUGGUGUGUGGGUGCGGACGGCAGGGAAGUGCCUGGCAGCCGGCAGCCUGGGCGGCCCGCGGCCUGCCUGUCCUUCUGCCAGCUGCAGAAGCAGCAAAUCUUGCUGAGUGGCUAUGCCAGCGGCACGGCCACCUCCUACCUCCCUCAGUGUCAGGACUCAGGGGAUUACUCGCCAGUGCAGUGUGACGUGCGGCGGGAGCAGUGCUGGUGUGUGGACGCAGAAGGGAUGGAGGUGUACGGGACCCGCCAGCCGGGGAAGCCGAGGCGAUGUCCAAGGAGCUGUGAGAUCAGAAACCGCCGUCUUCUCCACGGGGUGGGCGACAAGUCACCCCCGCAGUGUUCUCCAGAUGGUGGGUUUCUGCCCGUCCAGUGCAAAUUCGUCAACACCACGGACAUGAUGGUUUUCGACCUGAUCCAUAGCUUCAACAGGUUUCCAGAUGCAUUUGCAACAUUCAGUGCCUUUCGGAGCAGGUUCCCCGAGGUGUCUGGGUAUUGUCACUGUGCCGACAGUCAAGGGCGGGAGUUGACUGAGACGGGUCUGGAGCUGCUGCUCGAUGAAAUUUACGACACCAUUUUUGCCGGCCUGGACCUCGCUUCCACCUUCGCUGAGACCACCCUGUUCCGGAUAUUGCAGAGACGGUUCCUAGCAGUCCAGGUGGUCGUUUCUGGCAGAUUCCGAUGCCCCACGAAGUGCGAAGUGGAGCGGUUUGCAGCGGCCAACUUCGGUCACCCCUACAUCCCGAGCUGCCGCCGCAAUGGAGACUACCAGGCCGUGCAGUGCCCGAGGGACGGGCCGUGCUGGUGUGUGGACGCCCGAGGAAAGGAGGUCCACGGGGCACGGAGCCCGCCACAGGGGGACACGCCGUCGUGCGCCGAGGCCCCAUCCUGUACCUGGGAGCGGCGGCAGGCCCUGUCAAGACUCCUCUUCGGGCCCGUGGGCUACUUCAGCCGGCACAGCUUGUUCUUGGCUUACGAGAAAAGACAGGUCUCUCGGGGGACAGCCAGACUGGCCCCGUCCUGCCCACCCUCCAUCAGGGAGCUGCUCGUGGACUCCGGGGUCCUCCGCCCAGUGGUGGAAGGUCAGGGGCGGCAGCUUUCUGCCUCCGAGAGUCUCCUCGAAGAAGCCGUCCGAAUGAUUUUUCCCUCCCGAGAGCUGGCUCGGCUUGCCCUUCAGUUCACCACCGACCCACGGCGACUACAGCAAAACCUCUUUGGAGGAAGAUUCUUGGCGAACGUCGCCCAGUUUAACUUGUCUGGGGCCCUCGGCACAAGGGGCACGUUUAACUUCAGUCAGUUUUUCCAGCGACUUGGUCUCCCCGGCUUCCAGAACGGUGGAGGACCCCUAGAUCUAGCCAAGCCCCUCUCCGCGGGAUCGGAUUCAAAUCCUGCUGUGGAAAGCCCCGGAGCUGCCGAGAAGGGCGAGACUAUGAAUAAGCCAAUUGCGGGCAGCUUUGGCUUUGAAGUGAACCUGCGAGAAAAUCAGAAUGCUCUGAAAUCUCUCGCUUCUCUCCUGGAGCUCCCAGAAUUCCUUCGCUUCUUGCAGCAUGCUGUUUCUGUGCCAGAAGACAUAGCGAGGGAUUUAGGUGACGUGAUGGAAGUGGCGCUCAGGUCCCAGGGCUGCGAGCAGGCACCUGGCAGCCUUUUUGUCCCGUCGUGCACUGCAGAAGGAGGCUAUGAGGAUGUCCAGUGCUUCGCUGGACAGUGCUGGUGUGUGGAUGCCCAGGGCAGAGAACUUCCCGGCUCCAGGGUUAGAAGUGGACAACCACGAUGCCCCACGGAGUGUGAAAAGCAAAGGGCUCAGAUGCAAAACCUCUUGGGCAGCCAGCCUGCUGGGUCCAGUCUGUUCGUCCCUGCUUGUACCAGGGAGGGCCACUUCUUACCUGUCCAGUGCUUCAACUCUGAAUGCUACUGUGUCGAUGCUGAGGGUCAGGCCAUUCCUGGAACCCGAAGUGCACCUGGGGAACCCAAGCGAUGCCCCACGCCCUGUCAGUUGCAGGCCGAGCAAGCCUUUCUUGGGGUGGUGCAGGCCCUGGUCUCCAAUUCCAGCGCGCUGCCCACGCUCUCCAGUAUCUACAUCCCACAGUGCAGUGCCCGCGGGCGGUGGAGGCAGAUGCAGUGCGAUGGGCCCCCCGAGCAGGUCUUUGAGUGGUACGAACGAUGGAGGGCUCAGAAUGACGACGACGGCCAGGAGCUGCCCCCCUCCGAGCUGCUAACGAAGAUCAUGAGCUAUAGGGAGGCCGCUUCCGGCAGCUUUCGUCUCUUUAUUCAAAGUCUGUAUGAGGCCGGCCAACAAGGCAUCUUCCCAGGGUUGGCAAGAUACUCUUCUUUCCACGAUGUCCCCCUGGCUGUGCUGGAAGGGAACCGGACCCAGCCUGGAGAGAGCACCCUCCUAGAGCCCUACCCCUUUUGGCAGAUCCUAAAUGGCCAGCUCGGCCGAUACCCGGGGCCCUACUCGGACUUCAGCUCCCCUUUGUCACACUUUGACCUUCGGACCUGCUGGUGUGUGGACAGAGCUGGCCAAGAACUGGAAGGAACCCGGACUGGGCCGAAUAAGGCCCCAGCAUGUCCUGGCUCCUGUGCAGAAGUGAAGCUUCGUGUCCUGCAGUUCAUGAAGGAAACAGAAGAGAUUGUCUUGGCUUCUAACAGUUCUCAGCUCCCUCUGGGGGAGAGUUUCCUAGCGGCCAAGGGAAUCCGGCUGACCAAGGAGGAGCUCGCCCUUCCUCCACUCUCCCCAUCCCAGGAGACCAUCUCGGAGAAGUUUCUGACGAGGAGCGAUUAUGCCAUGCGCUUGGCAGCUCAGUCUACCCUGGACUUCUAUCUGCGACGCCGCCCGGGCUAUUCCUCACGAGCGGCCGCCCUCCUCCGGUCUGGCCCCUACGUGCCUCAGUGCGAUGCGUUUGGAAGCUGGGAGCCUGUGCAGUGCCACGCCAGGACCGGUCACUGCUGGUGUGUAGACGGGGAGGGAGAGUACCUCUCUGCCUCGCUGACUGCCCGCUCCCCGCAGACGCCCCCGUGCCCCACCACCUGUGAGCUGUCUCAAGCCACUGGGCUGCUUUCCAGCUGGAAACAAGCUGGGUCCCAAGAAAACCCGUCUCCAGAAGACCUGUUCACCCCAACCUGCCUGGAGACAGGAGAGUUUGCCAGGCUGCAGGUGUCGGAGGCUGGCAUCUGGUGUGUGGACCCGGCCUCAGGAGAGGGCGCCCCGCCUGGAGCUAACAGCAGCGCCCAGUGCCCUGGCCUCUGUGAAGCCCUCCGGAGCGGCGUUUUCUCCUGGAGAGCCAGCCUAGGCUACGCCCCGGCCUGUGGGGCAGAGGACGGAGGCUUCUCCCCAGUGCAAUGUGACCCGGCCCGGGGCAGCUGCUGGUGUGUCCUGGGCAGCGGAGAGGAGGUGCCGGGGACCCGCGUGGCCGGGAGCCAGCCGGCCUGUGAGAGCCCGCAGUGCCCGCUGCCAUUCGACGCGUCGGCUGCGGCUGGCGGAGUGAUCCUGUGUGAGCGAGCCUCGGGCCCAGGAGGGGCCGCCAUCCAGCAGUGCCAGCUGCUGUGUCGCCAGGGCUACCGGAGUGCGUUCCCCCCACGGCCGCUGGUGUGCAGCCUCGAGAGGAGACGCUGGGUGUCACAGCCGCCUCAGCCCCGGGCCUGCCAGCGGUUCCAGCUGUGGCAGACCCUCCAGACACAAGCGCGGUUCCAGCUCCAGCCAGGCGGGCCGUGCAGUGCCGAUGACGCGGGCUUGUCGCCGGCUUUCCAGGUCUUCAUACUGGACGCGCUCAUGGCCCGUGGCUUCUGCCAGAUCCAGGUGAAGACUUUUGGGACCCCCGUUUCCAUUCCUGUCUGUGACGACUCCAUGGUGCAGGUGGAAUGUCUGACCCAGGAGCGUUUAGGGGUGAAUGUCACCUGGAAGCUGCAGCUUGAGGAUGUCCCACCAGCCUCUCUUCCUGAUCUGCAUGACAUCGAGGACGCCUUAGUGGGCAAGGGUCCCGUGGGGCGCUUCGCAGAUCUGGUCCAAAGUGGAGCGUUCCAGCUUCAUCUGGAUAACAAGACGUUCCCAGCGGACACCUCCAUUUACUUCCUCCAAGGGGACAGCUUUGGCACCUCUCCCAGGACACGAUUUGGGUGCUUGGAAGGAUUCUACCCGGUCUCAGACACCAGCGAUGCCCUUCGGGACCCCCUGGGGUGCGUUCAGUGUCCUGAAGGAAGCUAUUUUCAGGAUGAGCAAUGCAUUCCCUGUCCUAUUGGAUUCUACCAAGAACAAGCAGGGAGCUCGAGCUGUGUCCCAUGUCCUAUGGGCAGAACCACCAUUUCUGCUGGAGCCUUCAGCCAGACUCACUGUGUCACUGACUGUCAGAAGAACGAGGCGGGCCUGCAGUGUGACCAGGACGGCCGGUACCGAGCCAGCCAGAGGGACGGCGACAGCGGGAAGGCCUUCUGUGUGGAUGGCGAGGGGCAGAGGCUGCCAUGGUCAGAAACGGACGCUCGACUCAUGGACUCCCAGUGUCUGGUGAUGCAGAAAUUUGAGAAGGCUCCAGAAUCUAAGGUGGUCUUUGACGCUGACGUUGCUGUGGGGGUCAAGUCCAGAGUCCCUGGCUCCGAGUCCCCACUGGUGCAGUGCUUGGCAGAAUGUGCGUCGGAUGAGGCCUGUAGCUUCCUCACAGUGUCCACGGUGGGAUCAGAAGUCUCGUGUGAUUUCUAUGCUUGGACGAGGGACAACAUCGCUUGUACAACUUCUGGUCAGGUUCAAGCCGCCAUGGGGAACUCGAAGGCCAUCGGCUUUGGAAGUCUGAGGUGCCAGGUCAGAGUGAGGAGCGGGGCUCGAGGCUCUCCGGCCGUGUAUUUGAAAAAGGACCCAGAAUUUACCACAACGAGCCAGAAAAGCUUCGAACAAACUGGUUUCCAAAACACUCUCUCAGGAAUGUACAGCCCUGUCGUGUUCCCAGCCUCAGCGGCCGAUCGGAUGGAGGUGCACCUCUUCUGCCUUCUUGCCUGUGACCGUGACUCCUGCUGCGAUGGCUUCAUCCUCAUGCAAGUCCGAGGAGGUCCCAUCAUCUGUGGGUUGCUGAGCUCCCCCGACGUCCUGCUUUGCAAUGUCGAAGACUGGAGGAAUCCCUCCGAAGCCCAGGCUAAUGCUACCUGUCCUGGCAUGACCUACGACCGAGCGAGCCGCCAGGUGACAUUGCGUCUGGGAGGCCAGGAAUUCAAGAGUCUGACACCCCUGGAAGGAGCUCAGGACACCUUUUCCAGUUUCCAGCGGGUUUAUCUCUGGAAAGAUUCUGACAUGGGGUCUCGGUCUGAGUCUUUGGGGUGUAGGAGCGACGUGGAGCCAGCGCCAGCGCCUCCAGCGGAAGCAGAUCUGACAACAGAGCUUUUCUCCCCCGUGGACCUUAACCAAGUGACUGUCAGUGGGAACCGGACCCUGCCCAGCCAGCAGCACUGGCUUUUCAAACACCUGUUUUCACCUCAGCAGGCGAACCUGUGGUGCCUUUCUCGCUGUGUCCAGGAGCCCUCCUUCUGUCAGCUGGCAGAGAUAAGGGACAGCGCCCCCUUGUACUUCACCUGCACCCUCUACCCAGAUGCCCAGGUGUGUGAUGACAUCCUGGAGUCCAGUCCCAAAGGCUGCAGCCUGAUCCUGCCCCACAGGCCGGAAACCCUAUUCCGGAAGAAAGUUGUACUGCAAGAGAAAGUGAAGAACUUUUACACUCGCCUGCCAUUCCAAAAGCUGGCUGGGAUUUCCAUCAGAAGCAAAGUGCCCAUGUCCGACAAGCCCGUUUCCAACGGCUUCUUCGAGUGUGAACGGCGGUGCGACGUGGACCCCUGCUGUGUCGGCUUUGGCUUCCUAAACGUUUCCCAGCUGAAAGGAGGGGAGGUGACGUGCCUAACUCUGAACAACUUGGGACUUCAGACGUGCAGUGACGAGAACGGAGGAACCUGGCGGGUCCUGGACUGCGGCUCUCCCGACACGGAGGUCCGCACCUAUCCCUUCGGAUGGUACCAGAAACCAGUUCAGAACAAUGCUCCCAGUUUUUGCCCUCCGGUGGUUCCGCCUUCCCCCGCCGAGAACGUCGCUAUGGACGUGUGGCAAUCCCUGGCUGUCUCCUCGGUAGUCGUUGACCCGUCCAUCAGGAACUUCGAUGUGGCCCACGUCAGCACUGCCGUCACCAGCGACUUCUCUGCUGCCCGAGACCUCUGUUUGUUGGAGUGUUCCCGUCACCAGGCCUGCCUUGUCACGACUCUGCAGACGCGACCUGCUGCUGUGAGGUGUGUGUUCUACGCUGACACUCAGUUCUGUACACACAGCCUGCAGGCCCAGAACUGCCGACUUCUGGUCCGUGAAGAGGCCACCUAUAUCUACCGGAAGUCGAAUAGCCCUCUGUUCGGUUUUGGGACAUCUGCACCUUCUGUGACCAUCGCUGCCCAUGGUCAGCUACUGGGCAAGUCUCAGGCCAUUCAGGUGGGCACUUCGUGGAAGCACGUGGACCAGUUCUGGGGAGUGCCGUAUGCCGCCCCGCCCCUGGCAGAGGGCCGCUUCCGCGCCCCGGAGCGCUGGAACUGGACGGGGUCCUGGGAUGCCACCGAGCCGCGGGCCAGCUGCUGGCAGCCAGGCUUCAGAACGCCCUCGUCUCCCAGCGUCAGCGAGGACUGCCUGUAUCUCAACGUGUUUGUCCCUGAGGACGCGGCCCCCAACGCGUCCGUGCUAGUGUUCUUCCACAACACUUUGGAGGGCAGCGGGGGAGAAGGACGCCUGGCUCUCGAUGGCUCCUUCUUGGCCGCCGUGGGCAACCUCAUCGUGGUCACUGCUGGCUACCGAGUGGGCGUCUUCGGCUUCCUGAGCUCUGGGUCUGGCGAAGUGAGUGGCAACUGGGGGCUGCUGGACCAGGUGGCGGCUCUGACCUGGGUGCAGACCCACAUCGGCGUGUUUGGGGGGGACUCUCGGCGCGUGGCCCUGGCAGCCGACCGCGGGGGCGCCGACGUGGCCAGCAUCCACCUCCUACCCACCGGGGCUGCCACCUCCAGUCUCUUCCAGAGAGCCCUUCUGAUGGGGGGCUCCGUGCUGUCCCCCGCUGCUGUCAUCAGCCAGGAGAGGGCUCAGCAGCAGGCAGUUGCUUUGGCAAAGGAGGUCGACUGCCCCACCUCGUCCGUCCAAGAGAUGGUGUCCUGUUUCCGCCAGAAGCCUGCCGAUGUCCUCAACGAUGCCCAGACCAAGCUCCUGGCUGUGAGUGGCCCUUUCCACUACUGGGGUCCCGUGGUCGAUGGCCAGUACCUCCGACAGGCUCCAGCCACAGCGCUGCAGAAGCCUCCACGGGCGAAGGUCGAUCUGCUCAUCGGGAGUUCUCAGGACGACGGGCUCAUCAACAGAGCGAAGGCGGUGAAGCGAUUUGAGGAAAGUCAAGGCCGGACAAGUAGCAAAAUAGCCUUUUACCAAGCGCUGCAGAACUCCCUGGGUGGCGAGGGUGCUGACGCCGCCGUGCAGGCUGCCGCCACGUGGUACUACUCUUUGGAGCACUCCGCGGACGACUACGCCUCCUUCUCCCGGGCCCUGGAGAAUGCCACCCGGGACUACUUUAUCACCUGCCCCGUGAUCGACAUGGCCAACCAGUGGGCCAGGGAGACCCGAGGAAGCGUCUUCAUGUACCACGCUCCCGAAAGCUACGGCCACAGCAGCCUAGAGUUGCUGGCUGACGUUCAGUAUGCCUUCGGGCUUCCCUUCCAUCCUGCCUACGAGGGGCAGUUUACUCCGGAGGAGAAAAGCGUGUCGCUGAAAAUCAUGCAGUACUUUUCCAACUUCAUCCGAUCUGGAAAUCCCAACUACCCUCACGAGUUCUCGAGGAAAGCGCCUGAAUUCGCGGCCCCCUGGCCCGACUUUGUCCCUGGUGCCGAUGGAGAGAACUACAAGGAGUUCAGCUCCCUGCUGCCCAAUCGACAGGGCCUGAAAAAGGCCGACUGCUCCUUCUGGUCCAAGUACAUCCGGUCUCUGAAGGUCUCGGCAGACGAAGCCAAGGGUGGGCCGUCAGCAGAGAGUGAAGAGGACCGGCCGGCCUCUGGCCUGAGAGAAGACCUCCUGGGCCUCCCAGAUCUAGACUCCAAGAGCUACAGCAAGUGACCAGCCUGAGAUCCCCACCCACCCCGCAACCCCACCCCCGGCUGUCACCCUGGGCACCUUAGUCUCUAAAACAGCCGCUAGCUCUCAAUAAAGUCUUUACAUGCCGUGAAACAUUGGUGACUGAUUUGUCAACUCAGGAUAAUCUUUGGGAGACAUCAAACUAUAUAUCUUCAUAAUCUUCUAAUCUUAAUAACCUUCCUGAGGUUUGAAUCCCAGGCUGCCGUUUCCUUCUAGCAAAUAUUUACAGAGCAUCCUCUGUGCACCAGACCCAAUGCUGGGUGCUGGGGAGGCAGGAGCCCUGCCCUCCAGAAAGCUAUAGAAGGAGAGGAGAACACGUAAACAAACACUGCAGGGACAUGGGAAAUGGGGAUCCAUCGAGGGCAGGCCCCAGGGUGACACAGUCCUACCUAGGUGCAAGAAAGCGUUCUCUUGUGAAGGUUCCAGAAAGGAUGAAGGAGACCGGCUGGGCUCUGGUGCGACAUGCGAAGCGAGAGACAGUGAGGUCUGAAUCAAGGCAGUGAGGGUAGAAAUAGGGGAGGCACAGACCCGAGAAUCACUGAGGAGGCAGAAUGGACAGGACUUGACCGAGUGUGGGAGCAGGGCCGCAAGGAGAUAGAAUCAUCGCCCCAGCUUUGGGCUGAUUCGAGUUCCCAGAAAAGCAACUGAUUUCAUCAUUCGCCCUCCUAUAGGACACACUUAUGA